AGCAACGAUUUCUGUUGGAAUGAAAACAUUGACUAUAGGCGUAUUUAUCUCCUAUACAAAUGGGAUUAAUUAAUGGCGUUAUCCUAUAAGUGCUAUUUGGUCAAUAUUAAAGCGGGGAGCUGGAAUAGACCGGUAUGUUCACCAGUCUUCGUAACCUCUUCCUAAUAUAACACAGUAGCUACUGCCACAGUUAUAACACUCACAGAGAAUAUUUCUGAUAUAGAUCAUACUGGGAUAUGAUGUUAUAACUAUAUGAUCAGUCACUUUCAUAAGAGACAAACACAAUAAAGCUAGGAAUAUUUCAAUUUCCAAUGAAAACGGAAAUAUGAUGUGAGAGAUACACAGGGAUUUUUCUAUAUAUAGGCUUUAAUAAUCAUUUUUUUAGUAUGUACAAAAUAAUGAGAGCUCUGCCUAGCUGUUUAUAAACUAUAUAUCUGUUUACUGUGUGAUGGCUGGUAGAGCAAUAUAGUAGUUCAAUUAUUGAUAACAUUUCAUGUGAAACAGGUGGUGCAGGAGUUCUGUGAGAGGAAAAAAGUGUUCCAUUUUUAUUUUCAUAAAAAAAAGAAACAUUGAAGAGGUGUAUUAUAUAGUGAGAUAUUUUUAAAAUAUUGGAUAAUCAUGGCAAGUAAAGACACAGGUGAAAUUGUGGAAAUGAAUGAUGGACAUAGGGAACCUUUGCAGCGUAAAAGUACUGAUGCGUAUGACAGGAAUGCUGAUCCAGGGCCCGGAUAUAUUACUGGAGGUCAGGAUCAAGACUCAAACAAUGGUGGUCUUGGUUGCUGUGGGUACAUUCUGUGGUUCUUGUCAAUGCUGGUUGUCUUAUUAACCUUGCCAGUUUCUUUGUGCCUUUGUAUCAAG